AGAGUUAGAUCUCAAGACAUUUAGUAUUUUGAAAUGUGGACUGGUCUCCCGUGCAGUUUUGGAUUCUGAAAUGAAUACAGAGGUUUGUAGAUAGCUGUAAAUUACAAGUCAUAAGAAGUUGAAAAGUCACUUUGGAGUCAUGUUUGAAAAAUGAUCUUUAUUGAUUGAUAACAGAGUUCUAGUUGGUCAAGGAAAUCCAGAAAAACAUGGAAUUUAGCGAAAUUAUUUUCCAGACCCAGAAAAUCAUGCAGUUCAAUUGUGCUUCAAGGAAAGUCACGGAAAUCUCUUUAAUUGAUUUUUUUCUGUGAGCAACAAAGCAAGAAAUACUAUGAUGUAAUGAUUUAUUUUGGGUCAGAUGGUUUUGAAAUGAACAGCUUAAUGAUGGAUGGUGGAAAAUAUCAAAUACUCUUAAAAAGGGCAUGCUAAGUUGUGGAAUUUUUUGAGUUUGUAAAGUAAAAACCUUAAACAAGUUUUCUUCCCUUACACAAGGCCAAAAUGAUAUACAAACAAAGAGUUAGUCUUUUGUCUAUUGGCACAGAAUCAACUAUUGAUUAGGUACUUUUGUCACAAUAUUUUGAGGCACUUUCAAUUGGUAAAUGUUCUUUUAAAUAUGCACAAUUCACCUGAAUCAAAAACAUGUUUGUGUGCAGGAGACUACUAUAGUGCAACUUCAGGCUCCCCAGCUGGAGUUUCUGUUGGAGGACCUUUCCAGAAAACUUCAGUAUUCACUUUCAGCUUCUGCUUCUUCAAGGAGGAGCUUUCUCAAGGUAAGAGAUAAAAAAGUCUGCUUAGUGGUAAUUAUUCCUCUAAUUGCUUGGUUCCAGUACUUCCAAGUCCCAAAUGGAAUGGUGUCUCUAACUCACCAAGGAAAACAUUGGGUGGACUAGUACUUCGGGUAAAUUGGCAAAUCUGGGACAGUUGUGAAAUAGUAAAAUAGCUGGUUGUCUGGGAUUUUUGCAACAUAUGAAAACCAGCCUUGAAAGAGAGCCUACCUUGACCAUAAUAAAAAAAGUUAACCCUCACUGUUACUCUCAAUUUAAAUGAUAACCAGGCCUUAAGUCUUCGUAAAUAUGGUAAACUGUGCUCUUUAAAAACCUGUGUGGGAUUCUUAUUAAGAGAAGAACUGUAAGCAUUAACUUAAUUGAGAUCUGCCUUAAGCCAUUCCUUAAUCUGUGGUGAAUGACAUCUUGUUAUAUCUUAAAGGUUCGUCAGGAUAAACUGGUGGGUUUCUCUAACUUGUCCAGAUAUCCUGCAAAAGAAGUGGCCAAAUACGUUGUAGAGCUGCUGCCAGUCUUAUGCGAGCAUUUAGAAGCCACCAGUGGCUUCAUUUAGAAGCCACCAGACAACUUCUUUGUAAUGACAUUUUGACAUUCUGACUAUGGAACUGUUGAUUGAAUUUUACUGUAGGCAUGUUUAAGGGGAUGGAUGUUUAAUGAAACAAAAAGAAAACAUGUAUGUUCCCCACAAGGAAUUGAACCUUGUAACUUGUCAUCUUCAGAAAAAAAAAUUGAAAUCUAGAAGCUUGGAAAUGUAAUUUCCUGCAUUCUGUUGUUUAGAAAAGUUCUUUUGAUACCUCUGUCUAAAAUUUGUCUGUAAUUCCUAGAAACAGAAUGCCUAGCUCAUGGUCCAAAUGUUCAUUAGAUUCCUAUUUUUUAAAUUCUUUUUGUUACUUUCAACUUACAGGCUUUAGUUGCCCAAAAUGAUGGUCUGAUGGACGGUCCAGGUCACAACACUGCUGAGGCACAGGUGAUGGCUUCAUGUUAUCACUUGCUUUUCAACUGUCUGCAGACUCUCUUUGCAUGGUUUGUAUCACAAAGAAAUGAGAUUGUCUUGCUCACUGUAGAAAACUUAAACAUUAUCAUUAAUGGAUUAUGUGUUCCGCAAAUGUUAGGGAACUUCAAUGUUGACAUGUCUAUAAAGUCUAUUUAUUUAAUACUAAUGCAAUGUCUGCCUGAGAAUAAACAAGUCUUAGGGCUUUAAUAUCAUUGUGUACAGCUGUAGAACUAGAGUAACAACUAAAAAAAUAAUUUCAAAAGUUUUUUUUUAACAUACUUCUCAGGAGUGGUUUUGUGACAAGUGAACAACAAAACCUUUUCAAAAAGGCUCUUUUUGUGCUGUCCUCAAGAACUACACUCUCCAGCAAGACACAGCCAGGAUUUCAUGCACUUCUUGAGUAAGCUCCUUUGUAAAUACAUGUUUUGGUUUUCAGUUGAAAAGUUUGUUGGUUCUUGUUUCUGUUUGCGUCAUAUUACUUCAUUUGUGCUUGCAGACAAAGCUUCCACUAUCUUGAGCAGUUCCAAAGCAGUAUUCCAAACAUUGCAACAGCUGUUAGCCUUACCAAGCUGUUAGUAGUUUUGUGUGAGAAGGGAAGAGAUGGUGACAAUGGCAUGAGCAUUUCUCUAGGUAAUGAAACUUUUAUUUUGAGACAUUUGAAUGGCAGAGAAGUGUACAUUGUAAACAAAUUCAAUUUUUUGGACAUUUUUAGUAAACUUAUUGUCAUUUGUUAAACAAUCAAGUGUUUUUUAAGGUAGUGAUCAUUCUCUUUAUUCUUAUGACCAUAAUGUUUAAUUCAGGGGUGAUAUUGUAAGGAGAAAUUAGAUGCUGGUCACUCUUAGAGGUCAAAAGGUUAACCCUCUCACUCUUAAGAUCAGUAAUUCUCCUAACUGUCUGUCAUACAAUUCUUAUGAUAUUAGUGUGGAGAAUUUGGUAUUGGAUCAACUGGUUAUCCCCUUAUUGAAACAUGAUUCCCACUACUUAUUUGCUUGAUAUUGUAUUGAUAUUGUAAGGAGAAAUUCUGUUUUGGUCACUGAUUGAUAAAAGUUAGAGUUGAAGGGUUAAAACAUAACAUGUUUAUUUCUUAGAGAUGGAUGCAAUUCAUUUUUCUCUUUCUUCAAAGACUUAGUACCUCUUUUUGAUUGGCUACGUGAUAACAAUUGUCCUUUUGCAUGAGUUAAUACAGUUCCAACAGUAUUUCCAUUAUAUCUUGUGAACAUUGAAGUACUUAUUUUUCUCUUCUGUAGCUGAAUUAACCGGUAAUUUCCUCAAGCGUGAGUGGUUUAGACCUGAUGGUGAAAGGGAGAGUGGUGCAAAAUAUAAUGAGGCCCUGCAGUUCUUACUAAGGUAAGAGGAGGAUAUCCUAAGGGGGGGGAGAUAUCUAUGAGAAAGUAUAUGUAAGGGUAAGUAGGUAAAGUCUGCUCUCAAGCUAAGUAGCCCAUCCAGCCAGUUUCUGUAGCAUGAAGAAUAUUAUUACCCAUUUAACCCUUUAACUCCCAAGAUCUGAUUGUUAAUUCUCCCCUCUAGCUGGUACACAUUUCCAUGUAAAUUAGUUAUGAGAACUAGGUGCUAGAUCAAGAUAUCAGCUUCUACCUGAUGAGUUUGAAUAUUCUCAUUACCUGUCUGCUGAAUAAUGUAAGGGUAUUAUAGGGAGAAGUUUCAUGUUAAUCACUUCUGGGAGUUAAAGGGUUAAAUUCCUUGGUGAAGGGAAGCUCCUUGAAAGUACAGAGUUUUGCCCAAGAACACAACACAAUGACCCAACUAUUUUAAAACUGAGAUCACAAAUUUUUCAGUGUAUAAUAAAAGGCAAUGUUCUACCUUAUUUAAACAUGACAGGUUGAAAGACAAUUUCAAACCAGUAGAGCAAUCCUUUUCACCUCUGUUUUUAGAAUUCCAUGUGAAUUUAGGCAGUAAUAUAGGGUAGUACAGGUGGUAAAUUUUACUGGUCACAGCCUGAAAAGGUGAACACUGUUAAAUGCUCUUUAGGUUUCAUCUAUCUUGCGCCGAGGACACCCUUGCCACGUUAGAGGAAGUUGCAGGUGGAGCAGUAACGGAACUCAUUGAGAGUGACGACAAAAAUGCCGCCUCCACCACAUAUCAAACUCUUACAAGGUGAUUAACCUAAACAGUGGCUUGAAGGCUUGGAUCAAUGUCAAUGUUGUGGUUCGAUUUUAUCCUUGGUUCAAAUUUUAUUAUCCUUUGUUUCAAAUUCAUUAUCAUACAUUAUGAUAGGCAAAAACAAAAGAUAAUUAUAAAAUUUGAACUAAGGAUAAAAUUGAACCACAACAUCAAUAUCUGACCAACUGCACACCUAUCUCCCCCUCCCCUAACCUGACUUUAACCCUGACUUGUUUUCAGCUAAAAGUUCUUGGGUUAGGGGAGGGGUAGGUGUGCAGUUGGUCUGAUAUUGAUAUUGAUCCAAAGACUUCAUGAUAUUCAGAAGAGGUUACCAGUAUGUCCAAAUUGUAACUUCCUCUGCAACUUGAUCUUGGUAUUACUUUCUUGCCUGAAGAAGACUAGCAGUAUGCAGUCGAAAUGUUGCAAUCUACAUCACACAUGACUACAUCGUGAGACAAACAAAAAACUCAGCUUUUAUUACUUUGAAAUUCAGGAAAAACCAUUAACACUUGAAGUAGGUUCAGAAUAUUAAUGCGCUACAACCAAUGCUAUUUGGCAAUAAGGAUAUGCAAUCAAACUACAGAACCCCAAGCUAGUAAAUGUUGAUGUGUUCAUUUAAGAUUGUACCAGAUUGGUCUGUUCUUCUUUACACAAUAACAUUCCAAAUGUAUGUUUAUUACCAGUGUUCACAGUUUUUUGAACUUUGCAGUUGAAAUGUGUACCUGUAAAGGACUGAGUACUCUGGAUCUCACUUGCUCAUACUUUUUUUCUAUUCAUUAUACUUGGCCAGAUCAUCAUUGCCUUGUUACUACCGUGCAAUGAUGGAAGAGUUAAUAGGAAACCUCAAACAAACUCAUUCAGUGCCACUCAAAAAAACAGACUCUCCAGAGGUAUAAACUAUAUAUAGUAACUGUAAUUUCUUGUAAAUUUGAAGGUUAAUAUGUGAGUGCUCAGCUAUAUUUGUUUUGUGUUGUGUUGUGUUGUGUUGUGUUGUUGUUGUUGUUGUUGUUUUUUCCUCUCAUGUUUUAUUCGAGUUAUACACUGCUCUUUUUAUCAGAAUACCUCUUUAAUUACCCUUUGCAGGAUGUUAGGAGAACACAAAAAGCAAGUGACAAACAAACUUUUCAAAGAAGAAUUAAAGAAGCAUGCUUAUUCCCUCUUUUUAACUUCUUAAUUUUGCUUAUAAGCUAGAUUUUGAUGUAUCUAAAGAAGGCUUUUGUUUGUCCAUGGAUGUGGUUAGAUGAAAUGGGAAUGUUGUUCAGUUGUGACUAAACAUUUUUUGUUAAAGUCAUUGGGCUAAAUCUUAUUGGUUGUAACAUUUAAGGUACAUGUUUUAUUAUUUUGAUAAUUUGUUAUGCCCUGGGUCCUCUAAUUGUCAAUAAUGAGUGGGCCUUAAAAGGAACAUCUGUCUGUUUUGUUCCUGUAGUGUCACAAUGAGAGGCUGGUGAAACUGAACAUUUCUGUUCGACUUUUCCACAUUCUUAUAAAUCUAGUUAAGGUGAGCUAGAGAUAUUGAUUACAGAUUAUUUUGCUGCUGUAAGAAAGUUAAAUAAAUAGAUACUGGAACAUUCUUGCUACCAGAUGAAAAUCAAAACCAGGAGAGCUAUUUAAAUACUGUCUGUGGAUAAUUCACAGUUGUUGAAAAGCAACCAACUAACCCCAAAAUGAGCCUAAUGAGUUGAGUUAUUGCUUCAGCAGAUGACAAACAAUAAGCAGUUGAAAUGAUGUUGUAUUCAUUAGAUGUAAACACGCAAUGAGGCAAAGAAUUCUAAUUUAUCUUUUUAGUAUCUCAUGGUGGUAAACACUACAAAAAGCUACUUUGAAUAACUCCUUUAACUCUUAAACUCCCAGAAGUGAUAAACUUGUUAUUUCUCCCUUUGAUAUCUAUACAUUAUUCAGCAAAUACAUGUAGUGAGCUCGAAAAUCAUCAAACUUAUCAAGUAGAAAGUAAUAUCGCUCCUAGUUAACAAUCAGAUUUUGGGAGUUAAAGGGUUAAAACACAUUAGUGAAACACUUUCUGAUGCCAUGAAUGCAAUUCUGAGUAAUGAUGUAAUUUUUUUUCCUGAUGUUUGUCAGGCUUUUGAUCAAAGGUCUAUGAUUGGAGCAUCUUUGAAGGUACAAUGUUUUAAAAUUUUUCCUGAAGUUAUUUUAAUAAUUUUUGUUGAACAUCUCAGCUUGUUGCACUGUUUUUACAUCCUCUUAUUUCAAAAAGGGGUAAGUGAAGUUUAGUAUUUAAGACUCAUCGUUAUGCACUAUGAAAUAUAUAGUUACCUGUAUUGUAGAGUUCUACUUGCUGUACUUUAAAGACAGGUGCUUACUAGGUAUGUGCUGUUCGAGGUAAUUCCUCGUUGGCUUUUUGGCCCUCUUGUUACAGCACAUACAUGUACUUGUUGCAUGAUCAUGGAACAACUACAGACUUGUAUGAGUAUUUCCUCUCCACUUUAACAACACAGUUGUCCAUGGGGGGGGAAAGAAGCAGUCAGUGAGUCAUCACAUUUCCUUGAAAGGUUGCCACAGUAGGCAGGUAGGCUUUGUGUAGGUAGAGGAGAUAAGUUUCUUUACAGAAAAUUGGUGGUGCUGCAUGAGUUGGUGAGUAUAACAAGACAAUUUGGUUUUUUUAAACUAGAAUAUUAUCAACUCAGUUGUUAAAGCCAAAUUACUUUGUGGGGGUAGGGUUUCGUGUUAAAAAAACAUAACACAGUCACAUGAUCAGGGCUUGAGCCCAAACUUUUAUAACUGGAGUCCAAUACACAAACUACCUGAGGACUACAUCAUCCAAAAUAACCUAAAAGUUUGAUCUUCAUCUCAUUUCUUUUGUAGUUUGGACGUUUAUUUUUGGAUACAUUCCUUAAGUUAGGAAUGCCAGUACUGGAUUUAAUGUUCAGAACACACAAGGUUAGUGUGAAUCAACAAAUUGAACCCCCUCUCAGAACCCUGCCCUUUCAUAUUAUGUAGUAGUGGAACGCAGUCUUGAUCUGAAAUCAAUUUAAACAUUUACUUUAUUUUGUUGUGUGCCCCCAAAAGUUUGAUUAAAACUGGAAAGAAAACACUAAUUAAAAGCAGUGUGAAUAGGUCCUAGCACAAUAGGUGCUAAGAAAUUUCUGGGAAAUAGUGAGAAGUUACUGCUAAGUUUUUUGUGACAAAAAUGACAUUUCUUUUAAGUUUCUUACCUUAACUUCUUCUUCCCAAAAGGAUGAUAUUAAUGGAAUGUUGAAAAACUUACAACAGAGCACAAGAUCUCUUCAACACAUUUGUGGACACAGCAAGGUCAGUUUAUCCUAAACAUAUGCUUUAUGGAGUGUUCUCCCAUAUUUUAAGCCAGACAAGUAAAAUAACUUGUCAAACCUGUAAUGCAAUUUUUUUACCUGUUGAAUUUUCAACAUUUCCAAGCGAAUUUAGGCAGUAAUAAGAGGUACUACAGGUGAUAAAUUUAACUGGUGAGUACUUCAAAAGGAGAGCAAGAUACAACAUUGUCAAGAACAGACCAACACGUUUCCCUUGAAAUCACCUUCUUAAUAAUCUAGAAAUUCAGCAUUUAUGUCUACAGGUCAACUAACGAGCUGAACAUGUAAGACCACUGUUUUCACUAAUAAAACAAAGAUCAUAAUCACAGGUUUCUGGUACCUUAUUCAUGUGUUUCCAGUCUUUUGGUAUAACGCAAUAACAACAAAAUUAUUGUAUACAGUUUCUGACACCUUAUCCGAUGAUACUGUUUCUUUUUAUUUCAGGUAACAAAAGAUCUCUCCCUCACUAAUCAUGUCCCAGCAGUCAAGAAGUGUCUGGAGACAUUUGUCUUUAGAGUCAAGGUGCAUAUAAUUAAUUCUGUUAAAAUUUAAAACUGCAAAGUUCUAACUCUUUAAUAUUAGGUGGGAACCUUCCAUUUCUGGCAGUCAUUUUCUGCAUCCUUUUUUCAGUCAAUACAUUCUGCAUUUGAACCCUAAGUGGAUCAUGUGUUCCUGUAGUAAGAAACUUAUCUCUCACAGUACAUCUCUCCACCCAGGAGUAUAAAUGGGUGCCAGCAAUCUGUCAGGGAAACCCAACAAAAUGCCAGGAGGUAGCCUGCAUUAGGCAGCAUUCUUACCAAGAGUUGUAGCAUAACACUCAUUGUGGCUUUUUCUGGAAGAAUUAGGGUUGUAAAUCUGCCUGUAAUGGGGCUCUAGGUCUGAGAUUUACAGAAUGUUGAACAUUGUGUAAAGAGGUGAAUGUAUAAAGUCAAAUACUCACAGUUUUAUGAAUGACUGACUUUAGCUUCUGUAUUAUUUUUCUUGGAUUGCAGGCAAUGCUUACACUAAACAAAUGCCAUGAGGCUUUCUGGGUCGGGACGCUCAAGAACAGAGACCUACAUGGGCAAGAGAUCAUGUCGCAGCAGUCUGUGGGAGAAGAACCCACAGAAGAGGAGGAGGAGGAGGAGGAGGAGGAGGAAGGUGAAGAAAUGGAAGAGGAUGAUGAUGACGAUGAUGAUGCUGACAAAGACAAUGUAAGUUCACUUUCAUGA